UUCUUUUGCACAGUCAAACUCUCGAGCCUCUUCAGAGAAGGGCGCCGCGUUGUGUGCCGAGACCUUCUACAGUCUCUGCGAAGAGGAUCGCGUCAAAUUACGGGAACUCAGUCUUUACUGUCCCUUUACUCUGGCAUACAAGUCAUGCGUGCAUGGAAAUAGGUGUCAGCUAAAGGACAUAUGUCGUUGGAGAACCUGCAAGCGACACAACUGCUAGAAGUCACACGAUGUUCGCGGCACUUGCUAUUCCGUUUUCAAAGGCCAACGCUGCAAGUGGAAGAGUCGCGACAAGGACAACAACAAGCAGCCAUGUCCAAGCAAUCACGAUAUCAAGGCACGUCUGUUCAUGGGAGCAAUGCGAGAACCCCAUCGACUUGGCUUCUACGGUGUGAAAACUGCUACUUCGGUGACUCGGAAACCAGAAGCUUCUGUUGAACGUUCGUCCACAGGAGGUGCCAUGAUAGAUCCCGUCGACAUGCCCGUGGCUAGAUGGGUCGAGCAUCCAGGCGCUGAUCUCGAAGAACCAGAAGCUUUCUUUGAAUGUUUCUCCACAGGAGGUGCCGCGAUAGAUCCCGUCGAUAAUCCCAUGGCUACACAGACCGAGCAGCAAGGCGCUGAUCUCGAUAAUCACGACGCUAUAUCUCGCAGCGCUAGCAAAUUAUCCAACUCCGACUCGAUCAAGCUCGGUUGAAGCUGCUGCCCAGCCUCGUACGGAUUGUCAAGCUCGGAUACCUCGGAAACUGUCUCAAAUGUGCUUUCUUGCCACCGAGCUUCCCGCCGCACACUGGUUCAUUCACAUCUACGUUCAACCUUUAUAACCAAAGAAAAUCCUUCCUUGCCAACAAGUCAGAAAAGCCGUGAUGGUGUAGUGGUUGCAUACCUGGUUGGGUUUGGGCACGCGGUCAUUCGCUUAACGUGGUCCCGCGAUAUCAGGAGGUGGCAGGUUCGAAUCCUGCUCAUGGUACUAUCUUUUUGUUUUUGCCCGGCAUAUUUCUGCCCAUUGUUUUUGUUUUGCCAGAUUGUUGAUAGCUGGUAUUCUUUCGAGACACUGUCACUGUCCAGCUG